CUAAUAUACCUAACUGCCCACCCGGUUUGGAAUAUUUAACAACUGUGGAUCAACUAUUGAUAAAUCAAAAAGUUGAACUUCUGGAGGCUUUUACAGGCUUCGAGACUAAUAACAAAUACGUUGUUAAAAAUGCGAUCGGUCAAAAAGCUUACUACGUUUUGGAGGAUACCGAUUGUUGUACUCGUAAUUGUUGUGGUCCAGCACGUCCAUUCGAUAUGAGAAUUUUUGAUAAUUUUCAGAAAGAAGUAAUUCAUCUCUACCGACCAUUAGCCUGUUCCGCAUGUUGUUUUCCAUGUUGUUUGCAGAGUAUUGAAAUUUCUGCCCCACCUGGUCAAGUAAUCGGACGUGUAGAACAAGAAUGGACACUUUGUUUACCAUCUUUUCGAAUAAAAGAUGUUAAUGAUGAAACUGUAUUACGUAUUGAGGGCCCCUGUUGUGUAUCUAGCUGCUGUAAUGAUGUAAACUUUAAUGUUGUUUCCCUUGAUGGUGACAUUAUUGGAAAAAUCUCAAAGAAGUGGUCUGGAUUUACUCGUGAAUUUUUCACAGAUGCUGAUUUCUUUGGUAUUAAUUUUCCUAUGGAUUUGGAUGUUCGUAUUAAGGCAGUAUUAUUAGGAGCCACAUUUCUAAUAGAUAUGAUGUUCUUCGAACACACCAAUUAAUUUACUUGGGGAUUUUUGUAUGUUUAUUUCUUGUUAAUGUAUUUUGAACAUGUAGCCAUGUUGUGUAUUGUGUCCUAAAUUCUUUAAUAUUAUAUAAAUAAAUA